AUGCCGUUCCACUGAAUAGUUUCCAUCUUUCUUCCCCUAAACCCUGAUUUCACCGUACUUUUUUAGUCCGCUCUCUACCAGACCCGCCGAGGUAACUCAGACACUACAGUAACACUGGACUCGGUCCUUGGAAAGCCAUGAAAUCUGUACUGAUUGCUCGCAGAUUCUCUAGGUUCUUCAAGUCUCCGAUUUUUCUCAACUCUGACCGGUUUCUCCCUCCUAAUGUUCAAAUCUCCGAAUCUUUGUGUACUUCUCUUCAAUGGCGGAAGAACAGCACUUUCUGUGCUCAGAUACCGUUAUUUUCUGGCACUCAUUCAGAGGUAGAACAACGUGCAUUGUCAAAGAGGACGCUGCCACGAGCAAAUUUUUCAUCAAUUGCAAGUAUUGUUGAAAGCAGUCCCACAGAGGCUGUGAAGGAGCUCUAUGAUCAAAUUAUCCAAUCCGUCGUUGUUAAACGAACGAUGUCUCCAAAUGCUUGGUUAUGGUCUUUGUUAGAAAAUUGUAAAAACCAUGAUGAUAUCAAGCUUCUGUUUGAUGCUUUGGAAAACCUCCGGCGAUUUAGACAGUCAAAUCUUAGAAUUCCUGAUAAUUUUAAUGAUAACCUCUGCCGAGAAGUUACCAAGACAUGUGCACGUGUGGGGGCCCUUGACUUUGGCAAGAAAGCCUUGUGGAAGCAUAAUGUACAUGGAUUAACUCCUAGUAUUGGAUCAGCCCACCAGUUACUGCUACAUGCCAAGGAGCACAACGAUGAUAAACUUAUGGUCGAAAUAAUGAAACUUCUAAAGAAGAAUGACUUACCAUUACAACCUGGUACAGCAGAUAUUGUUUUUAGCAUUUGUUACAACACUGAUAAUUGGUCAUUGAUGACUAAGUAUUCAAAAAAGUUUGUCAAGGCUGGAGUCAAGCUACGGCAAACCUCUUUUGAUGUGUUGAUGGAAUUUGCUUCUAAAAUAGGAGAUGUUGAAUCACUAUGGAUAAUUGAGAAAUUGAGAUCUGAGUCUAUGAAGCAGCACACUCUUUCAACCGGCUUUUCAUGGGCUAAGGGGCUUCUUUUAGAACGCAAGCCAGAGGCUGCUGCUACCAUCAUUCAAGUCCUAAACCAGGAUCUAUCUGAGGCAAAAAAGUCAAGUAUCAUGGUUGAACUACAAAAGCUGGUAAGUGAGUGGCCCGUGGAGGUUAUCAAGCGCCAAAGGGAAGAGAACAAGAAGGAAUUAGCUAAGUCUUUGCAAACUGAUAUUCCUGCCAUGUUCAAUGUGCUCGUAAACAUGGGAUUAAAAGCAAGUGUAAACAUGGAAGACCUCACUGGCAAAGGAGGUAUUCCUAGUUAGAGCUCCUGAGGCAGAUCAUGAUUAAAACUUUCUUCAUUGUUCAUUCAUAGAACAGACAUACACACUAGGUGUACCAUCCCCCAUCAGUCUCCUCCAAGCAUAACAAAUUGUUCUUCAUUACCCUUUUGGAUGUAAUACAUUCCAUUCAGCAAAUUUUGGUUUUGCCUUCUAAUUUUUUAUACGUCCACACUGUACAAAUCUGCGUGUAUAGUGGAGGGGUUAAUGGGGGAAUAAUAAUAGACCCUAAUUGUCAUUUUGGUUGGUUUGCCAUUUAGACGUGAACUGAAAUGAAGAUUGAUUUGGGAUUUGAGUUAAAA